GGGACGCCGCUGGCCUCGUGCGCAUGCGCUCUCAGUACGGCGAGGCUCCCAGGGAGCGCAAGGUGUUCGCGACCCCAGGUGUCGGGGUGUGAGGAGGCUGCAGGCUGCUAACCUGGUGCCCCCUGCGACCCAGCCUCCGUUUCAAUGUGACCCCCUGCUGGAUUGCGCAGGGUUCCAGCCCGGGCGGCUUUGUUUUGUUUUAUUGCAUCACGUGACUUCGGGGCGUGGUUUCCUCAGGUUUCAUUGCCAGCGGCUGGAUCGCCAGGAUGGCGGGAGGCAUGAAGGAUUACCAUAGAAAGGCUCUGAAAAGGAAGAGGCUCCUUCUGUUAAAAGAAAUGGUGCCCAAAGAGCUGCUGCAGCAUCUGAUGUCAGAAGGGAUUUUAACAGACUACAUGUAUGACAAGAUAGCCGCUGAGUCGGUCCCGUACGAUCAGAACAUCGCAUUACUUAACCUGCUUCCCAAAAGAGGUCCCCAGGCGUUCCAAGUGUUUUGCAAAGCUCUGCGAGAAACAGAGCAAGAUCACCUAGCCAACCAGUUAGAAGAGCAGGUAGUGGACGUUGAUGUGUUUGCCACACCACAGAAGACAUUUCCACCCCCUGUGCAGGAGACCGGCCCCAGAAGAAUGCUUUAUGAAUCUUCGAUGCAGUUGUCUAACAGAGCCGCCCCCGCCCAAUCCUCAGAAGAUAGUAUUGACAAUGGCGAUGGCCCAGUCAUGGUGCCUUAUUGCAGUGUUGAGUUUUACAGGUCCCACUACAAAGAGGCGUACAACCUUACCUCCUGCCCGCGUGGUCUCGCCAUUAUCAUCAAUAAUGUUGAUUUCUACACGCCGGAACUGGAUUCUCGUAAAGGGGGUGAAGUGGACACUGCGUCUUUGAAGCAGCUAUUUACACUCCUGCGCUAUGAAGUCAGCGUCCAUCAAAACCUUAAAGCUCAGGACAUGCGCUGCGAGCUGGCCAAGUUCUCCAGACGGUCGGAGCAUGCCAGACUCGACUCUUGCAUAGUGGCCAUUCUCUCCCAUGGGGUUGACGGAGCGGUGUACGGUGCUGACGGCCACCUCGUUCAGCUGAAGGAGGUGUUUUCCAUGCUUGACAACGCUCACUGCCCACAAUUACAGAACAAGCCUAAAAUGUUUUUUAUUCAGGCCUGCCGAGGAGAGGAGACAGACAGAGGAGUUGAUCAGCGUGAUGGCAGGGAGCAGUCGUCCUCUCCAGGCUGCGAGGAGAUGGAUGCUAGGAAGGAGCUCAUGAAGGUUAAACUACCGACACAGUCGGACAUGAUCUGCGCCUACGCCUGUCUCCGAGGUACAGUUUCCAUGCGGAAUACGAAACGCGGAUCGUGGUUUGUAGAGGCGCUUAUGUCCGUCUUCUCUCAGCACGCUAAGGACACCCAUGUGGCUGACAUGUUGGUGAAGGUGAACGCUCUGAUUAAGGAACGCGAGGGCCACGCUCCUGGCACCGAAUACCAUCGCUGUAAAGAGAUGUCCGAGUAUUGCAGCACGCUCUGUCGCAAGCUCUAUCUGUUCCCAGGCCUCCAGCCCUAGGGAAGCACUUAAUACUGCCCAAGCGACGAACCGGCUCUUAAAUGCUUUUUGGAAAAUGAAGAGUGCUUUAUUUUUGUAGACGUCUAUUUGUCUUCCACUUGUUUGUCUUAUUUCCUCAUGUUUUUUUCUACAAACUUGUAUAGUAUUCUAAGAACUGAUCCAAACAGUUCACCACCCCAAAGGGUUGCUCCGUGAGAGCGAGUCUGAGCCCGGCGUGGCUGAUGACCGACCUCUGGGGGGGGUUCGUGGACCGGGGCUGGUUUGUAGGAUUGAUGAGGGGGGCAGAUACCAAUAACUAUAUGAGCCCAGAUCUCCAUAACCUUCAUUUGCUGUGGACUGACUGUCAGGUUACGAGAUAUCAACGAGCACCAUGAGGGAUGGCUGGUGCCAGCAGCUGGGGUUGCUGGUGAAGAGCACAUCCCCCGAGGUGCGGUAUCCGUUAGAAAAAAGAUAAAUGAUAGAAAGAUGGAGGAGAGGGCAGAAAACAACUUGAAAAACGGGUUAUAGAAAGAGGAAAGGACACAGCUUGUUGCACUGAAGGACUAAUCAAGAAGCCAUGCCCCGUUGGCCCUUUGAAAGGGAGAUUGAGUGUCAUGGUGGUAAAAAAGGAUAGAUGGGAGAUUAAAAGAAGACUAGUUGAGAGCAAAGAGGGUUAAGAUGGCGCUAGCUGGGGUUAUAAAGGUGAGGCAGGCUGUUGGAAGAUGAGAACGGGACGGAGGAAAGGUUCAGGCAAGUGUCCAUCACCACGGAUCUCCUUAACGGGACACGUGAGUACCCCAUGCUGCCCCGCCAACAAAGGAUUUAUAUGAAAUAUUUAAAGGGAUUUAACAUGGGGUUAAAGAGUAUUUCAAAGGAGGAGAAAUGUUAGAACAAGAGGCCAUCAUCUAAAAUUAGACGGUCAGAAAAGUCAGAGGAUAUUAAUGGUCCAGCAGCUUGGUCUGCGGGAGCCCCUAUUCCCGGAGGCGUCAUCCUGCACAAUGAACGAUGGAUUUUGUCCGGCUGGUAACAUUCCUUAACUGUACAGCACUGUGGAUUAUGUUGCUAUUUCCAUAUAUUUUGAUACAGAGGUUAGCACAGCAUCUACGAGAAUUUUAUGCUAAUUAAUGAAGUGUAAAAAAAACCAACAUGCUUGUAAGAAUAAGUACGUUGGGUUACAAUUAUUGUAUUUUUUUAAAUAUGAUAAUGAGUCCGUUAAUGAAAAAUGCCAAAUUCCCGGUGUAUUUUCUGUAGUCCCAGAAGGGUGAGACUUUUAAUUUUUUGAAUAUUGUCUGUCUCGUUUUAUCCAUUUUGUUUAAUUGUCUCAAAUCUUUUCAUGUCUCCCUUUGUUCUGAACAAUUCUAUUAAUCUAUCUCAGGUGUGUGUGCGUCCCGAGUCACUGCCACGUUCCAAGGUUUCCCUGCCAGUCGCUCCGUUAUAAAAUUGCAAAGUGUAUUAUAUAUAAAAUGGGCUUCUUUUUAUAUAUAAAUUCAGUAAAUAAACAUUUUAUUGUAAAACCA